GCCCGUCGCGGCGAAGUUGCUAGCUGGGGGCAGAGACGACCACGCGGUUGCAGGAGUAAGAGAUUCCCCUGUGGCAAAUUGGCCAACGGCUCGUUUCCACCCUGCCUCGUUGGUGGCCACUGGAGAAGCGCGGGGGGCUCCCCAGACAGCCGUGGGGACAAGUUAGAGCCAGCACUUGACCCCGGGCCUCGCGUGUAGCUUCCCUUCCCCUGCUCUAGGUGCCCGGGUGUCUGGAGGGGGGUGAGGGGGCAGGGGUGUGCCCUCCUUACAUGUCCCAUCCUUCGGGCAACCCUCUGGGCCCGUGUUCCAUCUCGCUCUUGUUUACUGCACGGUGGUCGAGGGGAACUGCUUGGCAUCAUGUCCCGGUAUAGCUACCAAAGUCUCCUGGACUGGCUCUAUGGGGGCGUGGACCCCAGCUUUGCCGGCAAUGGGGGCCCCGACUGUGCUGCCUUCCUCUCUUGGCAGCAGCGGCUGCUGGAGAGUGUGGUGGUCCUGACCCUGGCCCUGUUGGAGAUCCUGGUGGCCCUGCGGUACAUCCUGAGGCAGACGAAGGAGGACGGUAGGGGUGGCCGCGGCUGCCAGCCAGAGCAGGUGACCCAGCGGCCAGAGGAAGGCAAGGAGAGCCUGAGCAAGAAUCUGCUCUUAGUAGCCCUGUGCCUGACCUUCGGGGUGGAGGUGGGCUUUAAGUUCGCCACCAAGACCGUCAUCUACCUGCUCAACCCCUGUCACCUGGUCACCAUGAUGCAUAUCUUUCUCCUGGCCUGCCCACCGUGCCGUGGAGCUACCAUCAUCUUCAAGCUACAGAUGCACAUGUUGAAUGGAGCUCUUCUGGCCCUGCUGUUUCCUGUGGUAAAUACCCGGCUGCUCCCCUUUGAACUGGAGAUUUACUACAUUCAGCAUGUUAUGCUCUACGUGGUACCCAUCUACCUGCUUUGGAAAGGAGGUGCUUACACCCCAGAGCCUCUCAGCAGUUUCCAGUGGGCCCUUCUCUCGACUGGCCUCAUGUUCUUUUACCACUUCAGCGUCUUGCAGAUCCUGGGCCUGGUCACCGAAGUGAAUUUGAACAACAUGCUGUGUCCGGCCAUCUCAGACCCAUUCUACGGCCCCUGGUAUCGCAUCUGGGCCUCGGGACACCAGACUCUCAUGACCAUGACCCACGGGAAGCUGGUCAUCCUGUUCUCAUACAUGGCUGGGCCCUUGUGUAAAUAUCUGCUAGAUUUGCUCCGGCUUCCAGCCAAGAAAAUAGACUGAAGGUGCUUGUUGUUUUUUUUUCUCCCUGAGGAAACAAGUCCUGACUUGACUUGGAGGAACACCCAGUUCUUGAUGAAAUCAUGGGAGAGGGCA